AUGCCAAAUCCUCCUCAGCAUUAUGACACGGUGCCUCAGCACUAUGACACGGUGCAGUAUUCAAAUCCUCCUCAGCAUUAUGACACGGUGCCUCAGCACUAUGACACAGUGCAGUAUUCAAAUCCUCCUCAGCAUUAUGACACGGGGCAGUAUUCAAAUCCUCCUCAGCACUACGACACGGUGCCUCAGCACUAUGACACGGUGCAGUAUUCAAAUCCUCCUCAGUAUUAUGACACGGUGCCUCAGCACUAUGACACGGUGCAGUAUUCAAAUCCUCCUCAGUAUUAUGACACGGUGCCUCAGCACUAUGACACGGUGCAGUAUUCAAAUCCUCCUCAGCAUUAUGACACGGUGCCUCAGCACUAUGACACGGUGCAGUAUUCAAAUCCUCCUCAGCAUUAUGACACGGUGGCUCAGCACUAUGAGACGGUGCAGUAUUCAAAUCCUCCUCAGCACUAUGACACGGUGCAGUAUUCAAAUCCUCCUCAGCACUAUGACACGGUGCAGUAUUCAAAUCCUCCUCAGCAUUAUGACAUGGUGCCUCAGCACUAUGACACGGUGCAGUAUUCAAAUCCUCCUCAGCACUAUGACACGGUGCAGUAUUCAAAUCCUCCUCAGCACUAUGACACGGUGCAGUAUUCAAAUCCUCCUCAGCAUUAUGACACGGUGGCUCAGCACUAUGAGACGGUGCAGUAUUCAAAUCCUCCUCAGCACUAUGACACGGUGCAGUAUUCAAAUUCUCCUCAGCAUUAUGACAUGGUGCCUCAGCACUAUGACACGAUGCAGUAUUCAAAUCCUCCUCAGCACUAUGACACGGUGCAGUAUUCAAAUCCUCCUCAGCCUUAUGACACGGUGCCUCAGCACUAUGACACGGUGCAGUAUUCAAAUCCUCCUCAGCAUUAUGACACGGUGCCUCAGCACUAUGACACGGUGCAGUAUUCAAGUCCAUAG